CCACUCGCCCGGAGUCGUUAAACCUCCAACCAAGUCGUCCUCCAUCAUCUGCCGAAAUGGCAGAGUUAUUGUUGGACCCAAAUAUUCGUCUUUGGGUCGUGUUACCCAUAGUUUUUAUCACAUUCUUUGUUGGAAUCAUCAGACAUUAUGUCAGUUUAUUGCUUACUUCACAGAAAAAAGUAACUCUUCAACAAGUAUCAGACGGACAAGCUUUGCUAAAGAGCAGACUUCUUAGAGAAAAUGGCAAGUUUCUUCCUCGACAGUCUUUCAACAUGAGGAAACAGUUCUUCAAUAAUGAUGACUCUGGAUUCUUCAAAACGCAAAAAAGAGAGGGAGUGGUUCAGAACCCAAUGGCUGAUCCGUCCAUGCUGACUGAUAUGCUGAAGGGUAAUUUAACCAACAUUCUGCCCAUGAUCGUCAUCGGUGGCUGGAUCAACUGGACCUUCUCAGGCUUCGUUAUCACUAAGGUUCCUUUCCCGUUAACACUACGCUUUAAGCCCAUGCUUCAACGAGGUGUGGAACUGGCUUCACUGGAUGCAUCUUGGGUCAGUUCAGCCAGCUGGUACUUCCUAAAUGUAUUUGGUCUACGUAGCGUCUACUCGUUAAUCUUAGGAGAAAAUAAUGCGGCUGACCAGGCUCGCUUGAUGCAGCAACAGAUGAGUCAACCGAUGGGUGCAAAUCCCGACCCCAUGAAAGCAUUCAAGGCGGAGUGGGAAGCCCUUGAAAUCUGUGGUCAUAAGUGGGCUUUGGAAAAUGUGGAAGAGGAACUGGUGGAUAGAAACAGCUUUAUGACCAACAGAACUUAACAGAGUUCAAUAUCAACUAACCGUUAAAGGAGCAUUACAGAAUUGGUUUUGCUUACACAACAUUUGCUGGCAG